GGGAAGAAAUUAAACGAAAAUAAGUAAUAAUAAGUCAUAUCAAUAGCCAUAGAAUCAUACAGCAUGGUACUAUAAUUCAGUAUUUCAUUUUUGUUAUGGAAAAAGAAUUGCUAGUUCGCUAGUUCCUACAACCGGUUGACACGUUCAGUGAGAGGGCGUAAGCUUACAAGACAUGUUGUUGACUGACAGCAUCAGACAGCAGCUGUUGGAUCCUUUGUUUUUAUACUGCACAAACUGCAAAUUCAGAUGACGCGGUCAUUGAAUUGCAGUAUCAUAAUCAAACGUUAACCGUUCAAUGCAAAUCUAAAUAUGCCCGAAGUGAACACUACCGACCAAUAUUCAACAUGGGUGGGGCUGAUAUAUAUUUUCAAUCUCAUCGUCGGCACAGGUGCUUUGACUCUUCCUGCUGUAUUCAGUCGAGCAGGAUGGGUAUUGGGUGUGAUACUUAUAUUGACAUUGGCUUUCAUAAGUUUCAUCACUGUCACUUUUGUAAUCGAGGCAAUGGCAUCUGCAAACGCAGUUUUGUCCUGGCAGCGAAUUCAGCAACGCAGACGUACCCUGUUGUCAACCGGAGAGUCAGCCCCAUCAAAUUCAGAUUCUGAAGACACUCCAUUGGUUCCGACAACACUUGGCAGUCCUGAGCGACACAGUGUGACCCACCGCUAUUAUGAUAUACAGGAGAAAAUAGAGAUGGGCGAAAUGGCAUCUAUAUUCUUUAGUAAAACGGGCCUCACAAUGUUUUAUUUAUGUUUUGCUAUAUAUUUAUAUGGUGAUUUGAGUAUCUACGGAGCGGCGGUAGCCAAAUCCCUUGCUGAUGUUGCCUGCACGUAUCAGCCUGCUAAUUUAACUUGCAACGACACCAUACCAGACACAGAAGCCUGCUGGGAAGGCUCUGAAACCAAUAGGCUAAAUGCUUACAGAAUAUUUCUAACAGUAUUUGUAGCUGUACUUGGUCCAUUCGUCUUCUUCAAUGUGCAGAAAACGAAAUACCUACAGCUCUUGACGUCGGUAAUGCGCUGGCUUGCAUUCACAAUUAUGAUUGUCUAUGCUGCAAGAAAACUCAUAGUCGAUGGACCGCAAGGUGAUACCUCGGCAGUCAACAUUGCCGGAGUUCCUGCUCUUUUCGGUGCGUGUGUAUACUCGUUCAUGUGUCAUCACUCUUUACCAUCGCUGGUAUCUCCGAUAGCCAACAAGUCAACAUUGAAUCGUUCGUUAUCCUUAGAUUACAUAUUGAUUGCGGUGUUUUACUUGCUUUUGGCGUUAACAGGCUCCUUUGCUUUUAAACAUUUGGACGACUUGUACACUCUUGAUUUUGGACCAAGGGGCUCCGGCGACUGUUCGAAAAGCGAUAACAUUUUUAUGAUAAUGCUUGAAUAUUUUCUUGCCUUAUUUCCAGUUUUUACUCUCAGUACGAGUUUUCCAAUAAUAGCUAUAACACUGAGAAAUAAUCUGCAAUCAUUAUUUUUAAACGAUAAAACUAAUUAUAAUUUUUGUAUUCGCAAAUUGAUCUUCCCAGUUAUGGCGGUAUUACCACCAUUCUUGAUUGCGUUGGCUACAAAAGAUUUGUCAAUAUUGGUUGGAAUUACAGGCUCUUACGCAGGUACAGGAAUUCAGUAUUUAAUUCCCACCUUUUUAGUUUACUCAGCAAGGCUCAAGACAAACGGAACCAUUGGGCCUGGUGUUUCCAACAAAUUUGCGAGUCCUUUUAAAUCGACAUAUUGGUUAGUAUUUGUAACAAUGUGGUCGAUAACCUGUAUGGCUUUGGUCUCGAUAAAUUUGAUCGAGAAAUAUAUUCUUGGAGUUACUUUCAUCUAGUUUAUAAAAAAAUUUCUUCAUAGCUUUCCAAGAUAAAAUUAUUUGUGUGAUAUAUUUUACAAUAAUUGUUUUUAAUAGUCUGAUUCUAUGUAGCUCCCAAUCGGUUAUCGAUUUAAUGUAAAGGGAAUACUCCUAAGAAAUAAGUUGAAUUCCCCCUAACUGGUGGAAAUUGUGGAUUUAGAAUCCAAAACAGGAAGAUAUUCAAAUAAUUAUUUCAUGAUUUAGUUUUUGAAAUUCUGCUUUUUACAAUUGCAUAGAUUUAUAGUUUUAUCUUGCAGGAUCAUGGUUUCUGCCAUACUUACAUAUUGCAGUUCAAAGUUCUAUGGUAAUUCUUUAACGUUUAGCUUUCAGAUCUCUUGUACUUAUUUCUGGAAGGACGUUAGAGAUAGGCAAUAGCAGAAUAUCUGGAAUUAGUAAGUAAAUUUCAAAUUUUUAGGCAGAAACAGGGGUUGCAUGAAUUAAAUUAAAUGUAUUUUGAGAGAAGUACCUUUUAAUCAACAAAGUACCUAAAUUAGACUGAAUUCAGAUUGCGUCUCUACCGGUAUAUUUUUGUAGUUGAUGAUGAAACCAAAGAAAACGACAGAGACAGAGCACUUAUUUAGUACUGUUGAUAGGCCAAGGUACUCAGUUUUUUUUUCAUCUUCUAUGAAUUACAUCCUGCCCAUAUUCCCUGUGAGGAGUCUUACAUAUUGAGAAUGGUUUGAAAUUCAAGAUCUGAGUUUAUAAUUUUCAGUUCUAGCGAUAAUACUGACAAUGAUAAUAAUAAUGUUAAUGACAACGAUAAUAAUUACAGUUACUCAUAUUGAUUUAGGAGAUGUAUUAGCAAUUUCUUAUCUCUUUUGAUUAGAUUUCAGCUUUAUUCGCAUCAGGGGGGAUGAAAUUUCUCCCUGUUCACAAAUGAUUACAAGAUUUUUUAUUUACAGAGUAGAAUGAUGUGUGCGGAAAUAUCCACAUAUCCCCGAGACAAUAGUAAAUGUGAUUUAUGGCAAUAAGGUAUUUAUAAAUCAACUGAAGAAAAAUUUACAGAUAAAAACUGAUAUUGCUAAUUAAACUUCUGGUAAGCGCAUAUUUUUUCAUUGGACAAUAUUUAUCAAGCGUCAUUCAUGAGUAUAGCAAUAUUAUUUUCCCUAACUAACAUUGUUUACAAUACUAUGCGAUGACAGUACAGGUAAUCAGUAUGUACACGCAAAUAAUCAACGAGAUGAUCUUUUUUGUCGCUCAUUCGAUACAGUAAGCAUUCUAGGUAUAUGAUCUUUCAUCAAUUAUUUUUAAAAACUUAAUUUAGGAGAUAGAAUAUUUUUUACAAGUCUGUUGUGAACGGUUAUCAUAAAAUUAUUAAUCGUUCAUCCAUUUUCUACACGCACAUAAUUCUUUUUGGUGUUAUUUAACCGAGGCCACCAAAGUGAUGAUUGAAUAGUAUUUUCCCCAAAGUGAUUUGUAAAAUUGUAAAAAAGAAGUCAUUUGAUUUUUAUAAUAUACUAUAAUAUAAUACUGAAUGCAUGGUUGUAACUUUGUUACUUGUUAUAUCCAUUAUAAAUUCUAUAGCGACAAUAUGUAAAUUUAUAGAAAUAAUAUGUGUCUUAUUAAUAUAUUUGGAUGUUGAAUUACUCUCUAAAAUGAUCGAUCCUUGAUUGAUUGAAGAUGAAGCGUAUACAACAUCGUUUGUCAGCUUCAUUCUAACAUGGGGUAUGGGUGUAAAAGUUUCAGAGGGUUUUAUAGUACUUGAAAAACAUUGAUAAUUACGUUAGCACAGCGAUAUGAAAUCCAAAAAUGAAGUGAAUGAAUUUCAAGUAAAUACAGGGUUUCAAGAUUUGGAGAAACGUUAAAGUUAGUGCCAAAAUAUUGUAAAUCUGUUGGAAAAUAAACCCUUUCGUAUUUCGAAAUGAA